GAAAAAUGCUAGGAUAUUUAUUUCAACAGAGAUGUACUAUCGCGGGAAAAACGCUACCCCAUCGCUAUCCUGUGGAAAAACGUCGACGUCCCCACCCCAGAGUUAUAAUGCAAGUCUGCAUGCCAAUGCCUAAAGCUAAAAUGCAACUUCUCAUGCGCAUCUCCAUGAACACCAUUUUCCAAUGCUAUCUGGGAUGAUCUUGUGAUGCUCUAAUGAGCAUAAAGUGAUCAACUUGUCAUGCGCAACAGCCAAAACCUCUUGCUUCGUGCAGCAGAUUCCUCAUCUUAACUCUGUGCUGGGGUCGUUUUUCCUCAGGAUAAUCGCGAGAGUCCUUCUGUGCGGUGUACCAAACCUUCGUCCCACCUGUAUCUGUAAAACUGUGCUGAAACGAGAUGUGGACCGCCCUCGUUUUGGCUCCCCUGCACAAGAACUAACCACAGGCUCCUCCUGUGCAGAGCCUGUCAUGCAGUAGAGAAAUAACGGCAACACCGGGAUGGGAGUGGCAUAUGACGGAUAUGAUCGUAUGCAUUGAAGGACGGCGAACUCGUGGUAAUGACCAUGGAGUGGGAUCAGAAGUGUCAAACGAUCCACCACUGUGGUCUCUGCACCAUGCGCACAGAUUAUCAACUGCACGUAUACGUUUGGGUCUGGAAGAAGCUUGUGUUGAUGCUGAACCCUGGAAGAUGGUUCAACCACUUUUUCCCGGUGCCUGCCAAGCAUGACAAAAUUUAUUGAGCUUUCUCGUACGGAGGACGCAUUACAAACUGCGUUUCUACACCGUGCCGAGUAGAAAGCGCGGCCACGUUCAUAUUUUCUGCUGGUCAUGCAAUUGCAACACGGGUUUCGCAGGCUUGCAAGACAAGCAUCAGAAGUUCCUCCUUUAUUCCAGACCCAGAUAGUUUUGCAGUGCAUAGCAAAGGGUUCUUGCGAAGAUGGGGUAGAGGUUUUUCCUUUCGAUACGAAACUGCUCACUGUUUCUGUUAGCAUCUUCGAUCACUACAGACGUUGUAGUUAUUUUGUUUUACUAUCGGACAACGAAUAUGAAUAA